AUGGCACCCAAAUCCGGCUCUAAGAAGUCGUCCUGCUGCUCCGGCGGCAUCGGCGGCUGGUUCAAGUUCCUAGCCAUCCUCCUCGGUGUGCUGGCGCCCGUCUACUACCUCCUGGACCAGAACCUGGAGCGCUUCUACAUCUUCAAGCUCGACCAGCUGCAGGAUGUGUCCUCGCGCGCCAUCGAGAAGCACGGCGAUGACACCCAGGCCAUCGUCAAGUACAUCGUUGACGAGCUUGCCGGCCAGGUCAGCUUGACGAGCUUCGUCAACCAGGACGAGGAGUGGGUGUUCAACAACGCCGGCGGUGCCAUGGGCGCCAUGUACAUCAUCCAUGCCAGCAUCACCGAAUACCUCAUCAUCUUCGGCACAGCCGUCGGCACCGAAGGGCACACGGGGCGGCACACGGCGGACGACUACUUCCACAUCCUGACGGGCACGCAGACGGCCUACGUUCCCGGCUCGUACGCGCCCGAGGUGUACCCGCCGGGUUCGAUCCACCACCUGCGGCGCGGCACGGUCAAGCAGUACAAGAUGGCCGACAGCUGCUUCGCGCUCGAGUACGCGCGCGGCUGGAUCCCGCCCAUGCUCUUCUUCGGCUUCGCCGACGGCCUGUCCAGCACCCUGGACGUGCCCACGCUGUGGCGCACGUCGUGGCUGACGGGCAAGCAGAUGAUUGGGAACUUGGCCAGGGGCAAGUUUUAA